ACAAAAGAAGUCCAUCUGUCAAAACUUCCAACAUCGCACGUACUUGUCAUCAAAAUCUCAUAAAAGGUUUCGUCCAAUUUUCAGAGAAUAUGGCGCCUGUUGCAGCGAGUUUUAUCUUCGUUAUCGCAGGUAAGAUUGCAUCUUUUGACCCUCAAAGCCCCACUUUAUUAACUUUAAUAUUCGUUGAUUACCGAACUCUCGGAGUUAUUCCAUUGUCUACGUGCUGAAAGCAGCACCGUGAAAAGAAUGAUGAUCUGUGUUUCUGUCGCGUCGACUACAAGGUUUUCUGAGCGAUUACGGCACUUUAUUAGGCAAUUUAUGAACGAAUAUUGAAGUCUUCCUAAGAUCUGUAAUUUCAAAUUAUCGUAUUCCUUCCUGUUGAACGCAUGGUGCUUGUUUUUUAUUUCUCCGCUGAAGAAAAUAGUCAUGCAUGCGUAUGACCAGGCUAGUAUGCAUUGAUCUUUCCCUGUUCAUUUGUUUCUGGCCUUAUUUCAGCAUUUGAUUUUGCGAAAAUUGCUUAAAAUAGUCACUGCUAAGCCUUAUUUGUAUUGAUCUUAAUUCUUAGACCGCAAUGACGAAUAUUCUUUCGCUUUACAUUCGAAAUGAAUAGUGUUUACAUUUGCCCGAGCGAUGCAUUUCAAGUUCGAUUAUGGUUAUGAGUUGAAGACAUUCCUAUUGUUCAUGAACUUGGUAAUUUUGGAGCAUUGAGUGGGCUUUUUGUUACUUAAUUUAUACUUGAUGGCUCGUAGUUUAUGGUAAACAGUAAGGUACUUCACAUCUCUGACUAUAUGUAAAGGAAAAAAACAUUUAUGAAGUGCCUUGCAAAAAUGUACUACCAAAGGUCAUGUGGAUUGAAACAGGCCUAUGAUACUUGUAUCGCGUGCUAGCGCGUGUUCAAAAGCACUCAGCAAACCAGCAUACAUAGUGCAAAGUAUAUCUUAUGGAAGCUAGUAUUUGGUUGAUUUAAAAUGUCGACAAGCUUAGGUUUUUAUUAUCCAGUCCCUUUUACAAGUAACGAAACAGCUUGAAAUCUGAGAAAAAGCCGGGGAAAAAAGACAGACUUAUUUUAGUUCGCACAAUAAGUAGAUCUUCAAGCGUAUUCGUUGACUGAUGUGCCGACACUCGAAUAUGCCCCACAGUUUAGUCGCACUGGAAAUUGUUUAUUUUAAAAUUGUUGUGCAAGGGAGCGCGCGAAGAGGAAUAAGAAAUGUGGCUGGAUUAAUAUUUUGGAACUUUGCCAUGUCACACAAUUCAUCCACAGGUUACCCAAGUUCUUCAAGUUUUAAGUUAGUGUCACGUUAUUUGAGUGUUGCAAUAGCCAUAUGCCCAUUAAUAAAGCAAAUUAAUUGUACACUUUUGUGUAGGGAAUAAAUUAGAAGGAAACGUUACACUUAGUGACUUUUAAUAAGAACUGCUUAUCCGAAGUGCACAGUUGGUAAUAUUUCUUUACAUAUAUCUAUGGUACAGUUCCGUCUUCUGCGAAAGCCUGGGCUAAAUUUUAUACAAGACUACAGAAAACCCAAGGCAGAGGAGGCUCUAGAGCAUUUCCAGUUCAAACUUUUAUUUUAACUAAACAACUAGGACAAAGUAAUUCAUGUUUUCAUUUUUUUUCAUUCCGAAGGGUAGUAGAACAGAUAAAUCAGGUUUAUUCAUUGACACUCCAUUACUGAUUUUUUUGAGUAUGACAUUUUAUUUGCACUGAGGAAAAAUAAAAUUAAAAAAGAAAGACAUGAAAUUUGGCAGACCUACUCACCACUUAAAGACGAAUAAGUCUUGUCUUGGACCUGGUGAGAUCUCCUAUGGAAAUAAUUUUUGGGAAGAUGACUUCAUCAAAUUUGAGGCUGGUCGUUUUUUUGUUGGAAAAACGGAUUCUGAAGGUGGGCCCAAGACUACAUCAAUGUGUUUUGUCAUGAUAACUUACAAUGAUCUCACUGAGUUUUUGUCAAUGAUAUUUCCAAAUGGUAUAUACCAUUUGGAAAAAAGAAAAAAAUGCAAAGUUCUUGAAGUUAAUUCUUUUAACAAUUAAGCGCCGUGGGGUGCCUGGAGGUGAAAACUUUUUACAUCUUUAGAAAGUUGGAAGUAUAAAUAACCAAAGCAAAGAGUUAAAGUUAAAACACAUGCAGAAGAAAUAUUUUAUUUUAUUUUUUGAAAAGAGGUCAUUUUUGCCGGUGCAGGUACUAAGUCCUCUCUCUUUGUGUCCCUGGAUAACUAGUGGGAAAACAAAACUCAAGAAAAAAGGUUAAGUGGAUAAGAUCACAGAUAGUUAAAUGUAUGUCACAAGAAAGCACGGGAUGUUCAACUGAUCAUCUUUCAGAGCAAUAAUAAAUGGAGUAAAGCAUAAUCCAGUCCUUAGUCUUAUUAGGCUUGAGUUAUUGGUAGAAUGAAAUUUUCCACCUUGAAAGGAAAAAAGAAGAAAGCAGUGGCGGAUCUAGGGGGCGGGGCCAAACCCCCCCCCCCCCUCUUACCCCCUUUCAGACCUGACUCUUGUUGGAGACUGAAAUUCCCACAUCGACAGGAUCUUAUAUCAUUUUUUAUUAACUGGCUGAUUUUUAAUGAAAUGCGCGAUGCAUUUGUACAUGGGUAAUAGGAUGAUUUUUAGUGAUAUUUGGCAUAAAUACCACGAGUGAUAUUUCAAAAUUGUUAUCAGUAAUUUCACGAGCCGUUAAGCGAGUGAAAUUUUAGACAAUUUUGAAAUAUCGCGAGUGGUAUUUAUGCCUAAUAUCACGUACAAAUCAUGCUAUUAUUUGUUUAUACUUCUGCCUGCGAAAGGUUUGUAAUUUUCACAUCCAGGUAUUUCAAAAUUAAGCUGAAAUACCACUGCUCUAAGCCAAUCAAAUUGCAGAAAUUUCUCAUGUAGUAGUAUAAUGUCACUAAACUAAAUUCCAGGGAUAUUCAGAAAUGUAAUUUUUUGUGGAUACCCUCCUAUGAUCUGGACCCCCCCAAUCAAAAAUUCCCGUAUCCGCCCCUUGAAAGUAAUAUUACUUCGUGUGAUGUGCUGCUUUGUGAGAAUCCUGGAUGCUCAUUAGCUGAUUGGAGGAUGUUAUUGGGCUAUAAUACGCGAUUUUCGUUCAUCUCGAUUUAUCAAUGAGUUCUUGUACCUAUUUGUUACCGUUUUAUCAACUUUAUGCUGAAGUUUCAAGUAAGAUAUCUAGCAUGAGACGCAGUGUUUCAUCACCAGAUGAAACACCGAUUUCCAAACACUCAUUGAACAUCAGUUUCCUUUGUAUUUUCUUUAUGAAUUAUUAAUGCGAAGUCACUUUUUAAGGGCGCGACUGUUAGUGACGUUUUCGCCACCUCGCCGUAGUAGUAUCUUUGAUUCUACAUCUUAAACCCGUUAUUGUUACCCAACUAGGAGACUAAAUAAUGGAGGUGGCUGAAUUACGAACAAUAAGUCGACAUGGUAACCGCUAGCCUGCGUUGCAGCCCGGCCACGCAUUGUCUAGACCAUUGGUAUAGUCCGUCUGCGAAUUUAAGUACAAAAGCUCUCUCCUCCGCAGAGGCUCCCGCUGGGUACCCCAAUAAAAUACAGUCGACUGGGUCGAUAAUUUGAACCCUCGCUAACUCGAACCCAAUUCGAUUUCCCCUUGAUUUCCUUCAUAAGUUUACUGUAAUUUUACCCUCGCGGUAACUCAAACCCUCGAUAACUCAAACCUCCCACUAACUCGAAGUAAUUUUUGUUUCCCCUCAGAUCAUUUCUAUACAAUUUUACCCCCGAUAAUUCAAACCAUGUUUAGAGCGCUUAAAAAGUCGGGGGAAAACAGUGUACUAGCGUCCAAAACAUUGAAUUUUGAAUUUCCCAUUGACGUGUUGUAGGCAUAUAGUUUACUGUUUGUCUGUGACAAAUCUAACGUGAACAGCUUUACUUUGAUUCUCAAAACAGUAAAACGCAUGCUCUAUUUGGGCUAUAUUUUGUUACUUUACGUUCUGAUUUAUAAUCUAGAGGUAUCUUUCUAUAUUAUUGUCAGCUAACAUUUCUACAAGUAAAUGUGAUUAAAAUGUUCACUGUACGGUAAACAAUGUUUUUUUUCUUACUUCUGGCUAUUUUCUUGGAGCUCCCGAUAACUUGAACUCCCGAUUACUCAAAGUUUUUUCAAUUUCCCUUGAUGGUUCGAGUUAUCGGAAGUCGACUAUAGCAACAAUACCCCCAUCCUGGGGGUUCAUUGAUCUUCAGACGGCGCGUAUUUAAGCCGGGGCUGAAAAGUAACUUACCGCGGUGAAUAAAAAUAGGCAAGUUAGCCUUUUGAAACAAGAAACGAUUGGCAUUGUUUUUAACUGAGACUUUGCAAUUGUAAUUUUGCAAUAAGGGUGACGCGUAAAGAGGUUUGACUGUGCUUAUUUUAUACGUUUUUAUUUGGUCUCCACUAAAUUGGCCUUUAGAUCGUGUUCUCAUGACAUCACGGCGGCCAUAUUGGUGCACCAAUUUGUACUCAUUUAGAAAUCUUCUUUUGUUCCAAGGAAUUUGCCCAGUUGUUGACCAUUUGAUAAGCUGUCUCGCAGACGCAAUUUAACCCUGGUUAGUAACGUCUGUGAAGCAUUGUCCAAGUCCUUGUUCUGAGUCCCGACAGAUUCAACUAAUUACCGAAAAUGCGUUUCGAAUUUCCUUUCAUUCUGAUUGGCAAAUCGACAAUGGCUUUUUUAACAGACCAAUCAUGGCGCGUACUCAAAUCCUGGUACACAGGUGGGCGCCCAGAACAAAGAUUUCGGCGCUGUUUCGCAGACGGACUUAACCAGAGUUUAGUUUUGUCUGGGGCGCACGCUAACCAUUUGAGUGAACAUGUAUGAUCUGUUGAGUUACUGUCUACUCAUAUUUAAUGCUUAUUUAUUUCCGGGUUCAUUCUUCAGGUUUGUUAGUACAAGUAAGUGGGACAAAUGUUGGCGACUGCAACGUUACCUACUUCGUAUCCCAAGGGUAUGAAUGCCAGGGGCAAAUGAUAUCAAAUCUCAAGAAUAAUCCGAGCACAAACUGUAGGUACGUCUGUUAUAGUUGAAAUGGAUUCGAAUUUACCAAAAUCCAACAACAACAACAACGACUUCAUUCAACUUUAUAUUUUUUAUAAUAUGUUGUCCCAACAGAAAAAUCUCCAUUCUGCGAACUUUAUUCAAAUCUUUCAAUUAUACGUAAAAGGGCAAUGCUUUAUGCCCGUAAUUAGCGGAAGAGCUAGUUGAGACGGGCAGAAGAGAAGAGAAAUUCUUCUCCAUAUCUCCGGAAAUUUUAACAUCUAAACUUUCAAACAGUUCUAAACAAAUGGAUUUUUCGAGAAAGUUGCAGUACUUCCUCAACACGCUGAUUCCGGAUAUUUUUGAAAACGAAGAUUGCGGUGACUGCAAAGGCUUGACGUGAUAUAGGCAGAGCCUCCCUUUUCCCUCCCUCUCCAAAAAUCAAAAGGAAGCUUACAGGGUGCGUCUUUCUCAGCCGUCGUUUGAUUGUCGUUCUUUCUCUGGGUAUAUAAAAAUUAAAUUAAGUCUCUUGCGUUCCAUUCAGGAGUUUCUUUUUGCAUCAUGUCCCCCUUUUUCCGGAGGGGGGUACUCCCUUAUAUGGCCUAUACGGGGAUGUGCCGCUGGACAGGGUAUGGCUUUUUGACCUCUCUAUCCUAAAAAGGGUAUAUAAUUUUACGGCAGUCUUUCCUAAACAGGAUAUAUAAUUUUGCGCCAGUCUGUCCUAAACAGGGUAUAUAAUUUUGUGCGAGUCUGUCCUAAACAGGGUAUAUAAUUUUGCGCCAGUCUGUCCUAAACAGGGUAUAUAAUUUUGUGCGAGUCUGUUCUCAACAGGGUAUAUAAUUUUGUGCGAGUCUGUCCUAAACAGGGUAUAUAAUUUUGCGCCAGUCUGUCCUAAACAGGGUAUAUAAUUUUGCGCCAGUCUGACCUAAACAGGGUGUAUAAUUUUGCACCAGUCUGUCCUAAACAGGAUAUAUAAUUUUGCGCCAGUCUGUCCUAAACAGGGUAUAUAAUUUUGUGCGAGUCUGUCCUAAACAGGGUAUAUAAUUUUGCACCAGUCUGUCCUAAACAGGGUAUAUAAUUUUGCGCCAGUCUGUCCUAAACAGGGUGUAUAAUUUUGCACCAGUCUGUCCUAAACAGGGUAUAUAAUUUUGUGUGAGUCUGUCCUAAACAGGGUACAUAAUUUUGCAAAUCUAUCCUAAUUAUAAACAGGAUGAAAUUUGUUUGUGCUCAAAGUAUACAAAACCAAUGACUAUAACGUGAAUUUGCUCUAUUGCAAUUGCCAAUAUAAAAUGGCUUAAAAAGAAGACGGCGUACAUUUUGUCCUUUGUCUUAAACAGAGUAAUAAGACUGAAGGUGUUGUCCUCAACAGGGUAUGCAUUUUGAGAUUUUUUUUUCUUAAACAGGGUCAGGGUUUCAAACUCUCAGCGGCUAACCUAUACCUAAUUAUUCGUCGAGCCCCCCCCUCCGGUCCAUUUAAAACAUUAUAACUCUUCACGUCUCAUCAAGCAUUUUUGAUAUUUGCCGUAUUUCCUCAUAGCUUAGCGAAUUUAUGUUCUUGUCAUAGUUACGAGUAUAAAAAGGAAAAAACUUGUAUGAAGAAUCAUAUAGACAGCUGCUUGGACAUAUUUGUCGAUCACGUGACGUCACUCCUACUUCACCAAGUCUAUCACUGUGGAGACUUGAAGUACCAGCCCUCGUUCGUCAAUAAUCAAAUUCUCAAGAUGAUUAAGUGCAGUCAGAAUGCGUUCAUGGACACAGACCUGUGCUGGAGAUAUUUUCGUGAAAAGCUCAACGCUAACCGAAGUGACCCGUCGUUAUGUUGGUAAGGAAAUUUAUGUCUUUGUAAGGCGUAAUUUAUCAAGUACCGUAAAUCCUCUAUUAAGCCCCCGGGAGGCUUAUUUAUCCUAAGCCCCUUUGAGGGGGGCCUAAUAAAGGCGGGGGGACUUAUUUUAGAGGGGGUUCAUUUAAAUUAGAAGGGACGAUGGUAUCAGUUCUCCAUAAAAAAACACUAGAAUACAAAGUGGAAAAGCUCAAGUACAAGAAUUUUUAGGUCAUGCAGCCGAGGAUCUAAAUCAAAUCCGAAAUAAACCAUCCCGGAUCAGUCCACACGAAGUUUUACGACAGUCGUGAUUGAUUAAUACAGUCUAUCAUUCAUUAGGGAAGAAUAAUUAGGGGAGGGGGCCGGGAGCUUAAUAGAGCGGAGGCCUUAUUAACUUUUUUCCCCUGAAAAAGGGGAGGAGGGUAUUAGAGGGAGGGGGCUUAAUAGGGAUUUACGCUAAGUCUUGUUAAUAUUUGUUUCUUUGUUUUCACUCCAUGGGUUCGAAUGCAGUCGUCUCACAGGAUUGAGAGGGGUGUAUUCGAAGGGGAUCAAUAUAGGUUUCUGGGAAACUUACCACCUACCCCUCCCCUAACUCAACGUUAACAUUUGCGUCAAAAUGUUGGGUUGGGGAAGGCGUAGCUGGGCAGUUUCCCAGAAACCUAAACUGAUCCUUCGAAGGCUACACAUGUGCUUGAGUGACUAAAAGAGGCUGUAUAAAGAUUAAAAUAUAAGGACCAGUGACCUUUAUUUCGCUUGAGCCGUAUAAUCAUUGUCAAUAUGUUUGUUAAUUAACAAUUAAUGAAUGAGGCUGGGUAUCUUAUGAAGAAUUAUGGAGAUCAAGGAGGGUGUUGUCCGUCGAGGCCGUAGGCCGAGGCCCAUAACACCCUCCGAGAUCUCCAUAAUUCUUCAUGUGAUACGAAAGCCGAAUUCAAUAAUUGUUAUAUUAUUCAUUUAAAAUAAUUCUUAGUUUAAAAAUAUAGCUAAAACAAGCUUACUUGCAUCGAUGUUAAGUUUAUGUUUAGGUUUGUCCAGCUCCGCAAAUAUUCUCCAAAUAGCAGAUGUUGCCCUCUGAGUUGUCUUCUUGCUGUUUUUGCUAUGUUUUUAGCCAUUAUUUCGCCUAGUUCCAGCUGUAGUUCUUACUCCUGAAACGAGUGAAGUGUCCGCCACUUUAGUUUUUUAUAACGAAAACAACUCAAUCUCGUCCCCAGGUCUUCUCGGUUAACGGUGCCAUAACCUGUAGAAGGCUGCAUGUUUGACGUCAUUUCUUCGUUAAACACAAAAUUCUUCCAAAUUUGGUCAUCAGUAACUGGUUAUGGUGAAUUAUGCGUGCGCUUUUAGCCAGUCAGUUUUGGGGAAAUAUUUUGAAUGAAUAAUAAUGGUGUAUUUCAUGAAGUUAUCAAGACUGAAUUGGGUACUUACCAUUUACUCUUGGGAUAAACGGUUAUUCCGGUUGGAAAAUUAAAUGGCUCGGGCCACUCCGCGGUUUGGGAACCUUGGGAAAAAGUGGGCUAUGAUUUGAGGCGAUUCAAUUUUUCCACUUUUUUAGUCUGUUCAGCUGUUUUGGAUAAACUUCGCAGCGAUUCGUUCUUCCGCCUCGUCAAAUGUUAUAGUUUCUUGUUUAAGAACAAGAUUUCCACCCGGGUGAUAGGUUCUGUUAGUUGUAAAUAUGUCUUGUAAUUCCAUUCUGUAAGACUAUUUUGUAACUGAAGCUUGUUUUUUUCUGUAAUUAUUAUUUAUCCACAUAGUUUAUUUAGGUUACUUUACAAGAAAUUAUCAUUAUGACUGCUGUAACCUUUCCUCUCCGCCCGCCUCGUCUAGCUUUUGCUAUGAUUUGCGGGCGGAGAUGGCAAAAUGAGGAGUAUGAAAAUAAAAUAUAGUGUGUGUGAAAUGGUAAGCACCCCUGGAAGUCUUUGAAAUCCUCUUUGUCAAGCCUGUUUGUUUAGCAUCAUGUUUUGAGUUUCGGGCAACCUGGUCUAGAAAGUUGUCAAAUCAAGUUAAUGUCGUGUAACAUACCAAUCCUUUUAUCUAUCCUUUUUUUUUUUCAGGGAGUAUGCUGUGGCUAAAGAAUGCAUAUUAGAAAAAGCCAAAGCAAAUUGCCAAAUCUGUCAAGAAUUUACAAGAGAUACUUUCAAUCCGUUUUGUCCCAAUAACACAGACCCAGAAAUGCACCUGUAUGGUAUGUCACCAUCUCCCCAUUAUUGUGUUUAAGAAUAGUUUGGCGUUUUUCGCUCGCUAGAAGUGAAAGUUGUUGAUUGCUUUUGAAUUUCCUGACGCAUUAUUACGUAUACAAGGAACGCGCGAUGUAAAGGACGUCCGCAGGUACCCAUAGAGAGGCCCACAGAUAGAUAUUUGCAGGAGCAACAGUCGUUAGUGGUUCGUCCCCCUUACUAUGCAUAUAUAUCAGGGAGAUUACGCAUUGACAACGGCGACUGCACCGAAAGCAUCACUUUUAUUAUGAAUUCGCUUUUUUAUUUUUUCAAACAUUUGUUGUUGUUUUGCUUAAUAAAACUAUUGCUUUUUUGACGCUCUCGUUGCCGUCGCCGUCGUCGUUGCUAAAGCUCCCUGUUAUUGAAACAACAACAACAACUUUAUUUUCUGAAAUAGUUAACGAAUAUUGAAUUAAAGUGAACUGAAAGGAACAUAUGAAAUAUUUCACGCAACCCGCAGUUAGCUUUAGCUAAUCGAGCCGGGAGGUGAAGUGGAAAAGAACGAAAAAUAAGAAAAUAAGUUUAUUUGACUGGAAUUUAUGUUGCUUUUAUUAGGAUGUGAAGAAAUCAAGAAACCCUUGACAUGCUCCCCCUAUACAGUCUACAAGGUCGCCAGAGAUUGUGAGAAAAACCUCUUAAAAGCCUUCCUGGUCGACAAAGGAAAACCAGAUUGCGGGUUAGAGCUACGUAUUAGUUUGUUCUUUAGUCUUUUAAAUGCUUUAGUACGGCCAAUUAACUCUUAAGGUGUUUCGAUAUAGUUUUCAGAGGCCAUACCGAUAUUUUUCAAUCGCUUUGAAAGUGAUUUUAUCCUUGUCUGAUCAACACCGAUGAUUGACUAUAGAUUGAAAUUUGUCGAAAUGUAGGUUUUAGUAAAAUCGAUAUUACCAUGCAACAAUAAACAAAAAAAUUUGAAAUUGACAAACGCCUAAUUUUGCGCGAUCUAGACCAGCUACUGAAAAUCCAACACUAGGAACUUAAAGUUUGGUGUUUAGCAAAUAACCCCCGUGAGAAGUAAAAAAUUCUGCUUGUUUGAAUUCGACUAAAACGAAAAUAUAUUUCAAACCUGAAAUAUUCAAUAGCCGUGAUAGACUAAUUAAUAAAAAUGUUACAAAUGACUCAAAUUAAUCUUAAGUAGCGUGAGAAUGCUGCUUAAUGUCAUAUUUCGAUGCUAGGAAAUUUUAGUUCAUUUUCGUUCUUGCGAUCUUAAAAACUAACCCGUUUUCUCACCACCUGUCUAAGUGCAACUUCAUUCAAAAUUUUGACUUUUAGCGCGUUUUUGUAUAUCUCUGAAACGACUCGAACGAAUUUUUUUAAAAUCUCUUCACAUAGUAUUGUCAAUGUUUUACAUUCAAAAGAUGCGAUAAAUUCAAACUAAAAUGUACUAGUCAUGGAGGUAUGUAAAGUGCGCAUUAUUUUAGACUGCAAAACAGUCCGAAUUUUUGCGUAUUCAAGUACGCGCGAGCAGUCAAACAAAAGGUCUGGAAUGAGGCUGAAAACAGAGAGCGAGACUGGGGAGAGACGCUAAAAAUACGGACUGUCCGUUUUGCAUACGUUAUAUUCGUUCGAAUUACCCGCUUCUCCCAGCCACGGGCAAUUCCCAUUGGCUAAAUUUCGAUGCAAGCUGUCACCAAGCUGUCAAGUAAUGUUUUCAACAUGUCAUUCACGUUGUUCCAUACCGUGAUGAAUUGCUAAAGCUUUCGCUGUAAAAUGACAGAUGUUGAUCGCCUGGAUUUGCUCGCAAGAAUUAGGAUUCGUUUUAAAAUCGGAGCAGAGGGAAGCUUUGGAGUUGCUACUCAGGGGAAAGGAUGUUUUCUGUGUUCUACCAACAGGAUUUGACAAAAGCCUUAUUUAUCGGAUGUUUGUUCAUGCAAAUCUUCAAGUUCCGUGCAACGGCCGACCGUCAUUGUUAUCUCGCCUGGCUAAAAAAGCGGGAUCGGUAGGAAACACACGACUUUUACCUCAUGCAAACAUGCCGCUUGUUCCAAUGAAUUGUUUUCUCUGUCGAGUAGAUUAUGCUUUGGAGGAAAACGUUUUGACUGAGCAAAUGUGAAUUUUGGCCGCUUAUUAAAUAUAUUUCAUACUGAGAGGUCGUGACACGCAUAUUGAUUUUCUCUGGUAGGCAUGAUUUGCCCUCUGACGCAAGAGCAUUUUCUUUCUUGGCCUCUUUGGAAAUGUAAAGCUCUUCAUUGCGGCUGAUUAAGGGUUUUAGGUUGUUUUAUUUCUCCAAAGUGCCCCCUGGAUUUGAAUAAUUUUAAGCGAUUUUCUUUGUGUCCGUGAAUGUGACUUUUUCCUGCAAUGUUUUGUCACGCUGGGCCCAGCUCGUUAGCGUUUUUGGCAGGAUUUUAAAUUCUCACAGAUAGUGAUUUACAGAGCUAAAUCACCAAGACGUGGUUUGGAAUGAGGUAAUUUACUCAUUCUUUUCAAUCGCAAUAAUUGUUCAUUGUCAGUUGGCGUGUUCAGUUCUUCUCUAAUUUGCGAAAGCAUCGCCGUGCAGUUUCCCGGGGCAGUUUCUAACCUUUGUUCCGCAGGGAGAGCAAAACUGCUCUUGUGGAGAAAGAUUCUCCUUCCUCGAGGACAACGAAAAGUUCGUUUUUCAGUAGGUCGGCCCACUUUGGUAACGUUUCCCCUUUUCUGGUAGGCGCAACAAACGCAUUUUCCGAGCUUAUCCAUCCAUUCGUAAAAUUGCCGAACUGUGUUUUGAAACAACAGCCGCACAUUCUACAAUUUGUACUCCAAAGCCCUCGGCUCUUUCGGCUUUCUCCCUCUUCGAGGAGCAGGCACAGGCUUUGUUGUCGUACUGCCACUUUCACUCUUUUUUGAUCCUCCACUAUAUAUACUACAUUUCACUAUAUACACUACAUUUCACAGGGAAGCAACGCUAAAAACUGCUUUAGAAUUACUGGAUUACAGCGUCAAUAAUAACACGCGAGUCUAUCAAAUUCACAAAAAGGGCGGAGUUGCGAACAGAUUUUUGACAGCUCGACGACAUUUUUGAACCCCCUGGUCGGAACGAACUCAUUGUAUGAAAAACGGACAGUCGGUUUUUUUUCUCUCGCCUCACACGCCCGUAGGGCGUGUGAGGCGCGUAAGACUCUUACGCCCCGCUUUACCGAUUUCUUUACUGAUUUUGAGAAAAAAACCGACUGUUUUGCAGUCUAGCAUUAUUUUGGAAGAAUUAGCAUAACGUCAAAACAGUGAAUGUUGUCACGCAGAUUUGUGACCGGUAGGUAGGAAAGGUUUGUCUCGAAAUUUCAAGAUGUUGCAGUGAAUCAAUCUUAAUGAAAGUUUCCGAAAUUAAUAUAUACAUUAUGAAAAUUAUGUGAAGAGAUAGAAGAACGAAAAUACACCAAAAUUUCGUGUUAUCGAAACAUGAUAUUAAGCAGCAUUCUGACGCUACUUAAGAAUAAUUUUAUUCAUUUAUAACGUUUUUAUUAAAUAAUCUAUGACGGCUAUUGAAAAAUUUAUGUUUUGAAAUAUAUUUUCGUUUUAGUCGAAAUCAAACAUAUAAAUUUUUUUACUUCGUUGCGGAGAUUGUUUACCAAACACCAAACUUUAAGUUCCUAGUGUUAGAUUUUCAGUAGCUGGUCUAGAUCACACAAAAUUCGGCUUUUAUCAAUUUCAAAGUUUUUUGUUUAUUGUUGUCAUAGUAAUAUCGAUUUUACUUAAAACUACAUUUUCACAAAUUUCAGUCCAGAGCCAAUUACUGGUGAAAAUUUUAUAGCGAUCGGACAAGGAAAAAAACACUUUUAAGGCGAUUGAAAAAUAUCGGUAUGGCCUCUGAAAAACUGUAUCGAAACGCCUUAAAAGACCGAUUUACACGAUUCAUGCGCAAAAAACUAAUUGGCACGAAACAUUCACCGGCCAAACGGUUGCAGGCAAACUUAAACUCCUGUGAAAUUGGAAUUAUUUGCUUGGUCGUUUGGUUAUCUUUGUUUUUUCACUGGUAUCUUUGGCUUUCACGUCGCCAACUUGUGGUUUGGCGGGGCGCCUUGAAUCUUGUACGCCGGAUCAAUAGCCGGGGGGGGUGGGGGUAGGUACUCCCUUAGAAGAGACUAAUGGGGAUGUGCCGCUCGAUGGGGUCGUAUUUUCAUGACUGGAGUGACUAUAAUGGGGUUGCAUUUUCAAUAGAGUUACUAGAAUGGGGUCGCAGAUUUUUGGUGUAAGUAGGGAUUCAAAAUGGGAAGAUUCUCGGUUGAAAAGAUCAGAAAGUUGUUGUUUACUAAGUUUAAAAGGAAACUGGCUUUGACCGCAUUACAUUCCGUUCUUGAAACCACUACUUAAAUAUUAACCAGUUACUCAAUAGCACAAAACCACGGGUCCAGAACAAAGUCCACCGAAACAUCACUGCUACGGCAUUUACUUUUCUAUUGGAUUGUUACCGUCCAUCCAAGAUAAUUUUUGGAUGACCUUCUUCAGAAAGGAUUGACAAGGUAGAUGCAUAAAUGUGACUAAGUGACUAAGUUGGGAUCGCGAAAAUUACAUUUUCCAAAAAGUGAGUAGGAUGGAGUCUAUAAUUGGCCAAAAAAUAGACUAAAAUGGGGUAGGGGCUCUGAGAGGCCAGCGACACCAACCCAGCAAACAUUAACCCAAGUCCCCCCCCCCCCGGGGCUCAAUAGUCGUAUUGGGUAGUCCAGGUAAACCUGACAUAUUUUUGGUUGCGUUCUUCCGCUUAGUUUUGUUAGGAUUAGUUUUGUAAGCUAAAAGUAACAUUUACAGUGUAUGGUGGUAAUUUUAUUCGACUCUUAAACAUGGUUUUUUCUAUAUUUUUACUUGCAUAUGUCACAUUAAGAGCAACGUACACAGCACUGAAAAACUGCCUCGAUGAACAGUUAGCCCGAAUGUGCAAAAAUGACACUAAAAACCCGCGGGUGGCGAGCAGUGUACGAAAGGCUGUGUUAGCAGUUCUGCGUGGACACAGAUUUUUUUGUGAACCUCCAGUGGAUCUGCGAGCAGUUGACCUUGACUAUAAAGCGAGACCUCUGUAUCCAUGCAGUGAAGAGUUUUUGAAUGAGAUGGAAAAAUGCGCUACACCUGUAAGGAAGGAAUUCAAGUCACCAGACAGCACUUUUACUAAAUUAUGCAGGUAUUUCUACAUAAUAAUAAUUAGGCAGGUAUUUGUACAUAAUAAUGAUAAUUAUAACUUUAUUUUACUAGUGUCAAUGUAUUCAGUUUAACAGUUAGCUAAUUGAGGACACUUUCCUAAGGGCCUGUUUACAUGGAGUGGGGGACCCGGUCUAGUGGGGUUGGUUUCUUUUGUUUUCACGCUCUGGGGGACACAAAACAAAAGAAACCUACCCCACUAGACCGGGGUCCCCCACUCCAUGUAAACAGGGUCUUAGAGAGGUAAUAGCAUAAUUUGUGGUGAUAUUAGGCAUAAAUACCACGAGUGAUAUUUCGAAAUUGUUAUACGUAAUUUCACGAGAUGUUAUUAGGCGAGUGAAAGUAGAGACAAUUCUGAAAAAUCACGAGUGGUAUUUAUGCCAAAUAUCACGUCCAAAUCAUGCUAUUAUUUGUUUGCACUACUACCCGCAAAAGGUUUGUAAUUUUCACAUGUAGGUAUUUCAAAUUACGCUGACAUGCCACUGCUCUAAGCCAAUCAAAUUGCAGAAAUUUCUCAUGUAGUAGUGGCACUAAUCUAUUACAUGAUUUUUAGAUUAAUGAUCUUACCUAAAACCUAAAACUAUGUACUCGAAGAACAAUGAACUAGCUCGUUUAUGUGAGAUUGAACGACAUUUUAACAAAGUGGAUGGAUCCACAAGGCAAUAACGAUCAUCCAAUUAUCUACGUGCUUGGCCUUGAGGCAAAAUGGAUUCCUCACGGAAUUUUAUAAAGAUGAACUAGGUAUUAAGUAUUCAGCUUCUAAAUGUACACGACUCAAACUAUACACAGGUCACAUUAGUUACUAUGAUUAUCUAUAUUGCUCGAAAGGUCCACACCGCGUAUAUGUUUCUUGAAUGCUUUGAGACUUGUUAAGUUUCUUUGCUCACCACUGACCUUCCACCAAGAAAGGUCUACCUUGUUCUUAAACGCUUAUCCGUUUCUGAAGAAUAUUCAAAAAGCGAGUAGGCUCUAGUUACUAAUUUGGUUAAAGAUCCAUACAAACGUCAGGAGCCGAUUAAUAGUAAUCGGCUCCUGCAAAAGUCUAUAAUUUUGUGACAGCAUCCCACAAAACCUUAUAAACUCUUUAAAAUUUUUCAGGUUUUCUUUUAAACUGUGUAAUUUGUCAUGCAUCUUCCACUUGGAAGGAACUAAUUCGAAAAUCACUGUGUUUGCCCAGGAAUAUCACAGAAAUCGUGGAAAAAAUUAAGAGUUUAUAAAGUUUUGAAGGACGCUGUCACAAAAUUACAGGUUUGUAUGGCUCUUUAACUACGUUUCAAGAGUCAUAACUUGGUCCCUGUUCAACCUUAGUGCACCAAACUUGGUCAAAUGACCAAUCUCAACAUGACCUUUUAUAUGGUGGUGUCAGUUUAUCGAUUAGUGUAAAUUUGAAGCUCGCCCCGGUUCCCUACGCAACUCCGAAAGAUCGUGUUCAUGCCCCCUGAGUAUCCCAUGAUACUCCUUAAAUCCAAUUGAUCACGGGUCACGUGGCACUUCCCUGUAGCCUAUAAUGUAGGGUGGAACCUCCAAAAUCUCUGGUACCCAGGGGUGGAGGAUCUCCGUAAAAAACUUUGUUGAAUCAAAUUUCCCACGCGGCACGACCAAUCAGAAGCACUACCCAGAUCUGGGUAGUGACGCGUCAUCAGUAUGGGAUUUUUUGCGCUCAUUUCUCAGACGUCAUUUGGCGGGAAAACCAGUGGUAGCGUCGCCAAAUGUCGGCUCUUUUCUCAGCCUAGCAUCCGCCAAAGUACACUCGUUUUCUGCUCGUUAGAUUAUCAGUUACACGAUUUUCAACUGUAGUUUUGAAUCAGUUUUGUGGAAUACUUCCCUCGUGGUUGAAAAGAUCCCUUGUCACUUUCUAAUCAACUUAAUGCCAUAGUUUGUUCUUCUUUUUUCCUAUUUUUUAGACAUUUUAGAACGGCUGUAGACUGCUCCAGUGCUGCGCAGAAAUCUUAUUGCACAUUCGAUAAACAGACCGGGGACGUUAUCCAAUAUCCUUACACCACGUUCUGCACAGAUGCAAACCAAAUGGAAGGAAGUACCACAAAGUCAAUUGCAACAUCUUUCUCAGCAAGCAGGAGCCGAUUACUGUCAGCAAGCCUUUAUUUUAUUGCCUUUGUAAUAUGCUUAACGUUUCCUCUUGGUGAUCGCUAAGCAGUUAUAAAAACAGCAGAAGCUCGUCUCUUGUGUGCGCAUGACUUGGGUAGUUAACACACAAAAACAACGACGGUUCUUAUGCCAGGCUUUACCAUUAAUCCCAUUAGAUUUAUGCCAAUUUUAUAAAAUAUACGUCACUUUUCAUUACCUAAUUUACCAUAGUCAUUUACCACACAAAGAACAGAUCGAUUGAUUCUACAUAUUUUGGAAGUAUUAGUCUGCUCCAAGUUGA